AUGGCUCCAAAGCGGAAGGCCCUGGCAAAGAGUGAUGGCCCUCAGAAGAAGAAGGGGCAGCAGGGGGCAAAGGAAGACGACAGCUUUCGCUCCGCAGCUGAGGCCCUCAGAGCUGCACCCAUAGAAAAGCAUAGAAUCCGCGUGGAUCCCGUGUGCCCACUCAGCCACAGGCAUGGAACCCAGGUGCAUGAAGACUACAACUGCACCCUGAACCAGACCAACAUCGGAAACAACAAUAACAAGUUCUACAUCAUCCAGCUACUGGAAGAUGGCCACAGCUUUACCUGCUGGAACCGCUGGGGCCGUGUGGGUGAGGCGGGCCAGUCAAAGCUCAGCCACUUCCCAUCACUGGAGGCAGCAAAGAAGGACUUUGAGAAGAAGUUUCGGGACAAGACCAAGAACAGCUGGUCUGAGCGAGACCACUUUGUGGCCCACCCUGGCAAGUACACACUUAUUGAGGUACAGGGAGACGACGAGACCCAGGAAGCCGUGGUGAAGGUAGAUGGAGGCUCGGUAGUCCAGCAAAUACAGCCCUGUUCCCUGGACCCAGCUACACAGAAACUCAUCACCAACAUCUUUAGCAAGGACAUGUUCAAGAACGCCAUGACCCUCAUGAACCUAGAUGUGAAGAAGAUGCCCUUGGGAAAGCUGAGCAAACAACAGAUUGCACGGGGCUUUGAGGCCUUGGAGGCCCUGGAGGUGGCCCUGAAAGCCCCUACAGAGGGUGGUCCCAGCCUGGAAGAGCUGUCCUCCCAUUUCUACACUGUCAUCCCCCACAACUUCGGCCGUUCCCGGCCACUGCCCAUCAGUUCUCCCGAGCUGCUGCAGGCCAAGAAGGAUAUGCUGCUGGUGUUGGCGGACAUUGAGCUGGCCCAGACCCUGCAAAAAACCCCUGAGGAGGAGAAGAAGGUGGAGGAGGUGCCACACCCACUGGACCGAGACUAUAAACUCCUCAAGUGCCAGCUUGAGCUUCUGGACUCAGCAGUGCCUGAGUACAAGGUGAUUCAGACCUACUUAGAACAGACUGGCAGUAACUACCGGCGCCCUUCUCUUCAACAUGUUUGGAAAGUGAACCGAGAAGGAGAAGGAGACAGGUUCCAGACCCACUCCAAGCUGGGGAAUCGGCGGUUGCUGUGGCACGGCACCAACGUGGCUGUGGUGGCUGCCAUCCUCACCAGUGGGCUCCGCAUCAUGCCACACUCUGGUGGCCGCGUUGGCAAGGGCAUCUACUUCGCCUCAGAGAACAGCAAGUCAGCCGGCUAUGUUACUGGCAUGCACUGCGGGGCCCACCACAUCGGCUACAUGUUCCUGGGUGAGGUGGCACUGGGUCAAGAGUAUCACAUCACCAUUGACGAGCCCAGCUUAAACCAGCCACCCCCUGGCUUCGACAGUGUCAUCGCCCGAGGCCGCACAGAGCCUGAUCCAACUCAAGACACAGAGCUGGAGUUGGAUGGGCACCAAGUGAUGGUGCCCCAGGGCCAGCCGGUGCCCUGCCCCAGCUUCAGCAGCUCCAACUUCUCCCAGAGUGAGUACCUCAUUUACCAAGAAAGCCAGUGCCGCCUGCGAUACCUACUGGAGAUUCACCUCUGA